AUGCAUACCACAGACCAACCAUCAAACACAAGCUCGUGGCACUCCAUCCGUCCCUGGACGCCUCACCUCAUCCUCUCAGUCCGUGAAAUCACAUCUGUAUCAGCGACUUUUAUUCUCUCUUCAACGCUCUCUCCACAGUCUGAACCUGCUUUGAACGUAGAUCACGAAUCCUCGAUACCCGCAACCACAAACACCAAUAUUAAUGCAGACCCAGAUGCCAACCCAGACAUAGAGACAGAAGUGGAAGUAGAAUUGGAUGGGGAACUAGGAGGAGAAACAGAAGGGGAUACGGUAGGAGAUACCGCCCGAGGAAUUAUCUCCGAAGCACUCUCAACAGGCCUCUCGGUAUCUGUCAACGGUUCCCCAUGGCAGCGCGUCCUGAUACGCCUCCUCGAUCCCGUAGACGAGGCUGUUAUCAUCAUAUACGGGCUCAUGCCUGGACGGCAGUAUGAUAUCGAUCUGGGACUUGUACAGGAUGGAUUGGCGAGCUCUAUUAGGAGGCAGGUCGUCACUGAAGAAGCGGAAGGUGCGAUUGAGAAUGGAAGGUUGGACGAAGGAACAAGUACUAGUUUUCUCCUCCCACCCUCAUCCUCAUCCUCCUCCUCCGCAUCAUCAUCAUCCCUAAGCCUAUCAAUGUCAACUGCAGCAACCGACUCAAGCCCCCUCACCCACCCUCGACCGCGCUCCACAUCCCGAUCCACAACACCCACCCAAGAAGAUCGUCUCCCCAAACUGCAAUCUACCCUCACUUCCCUCCAAACGCACAUUUCCGAACUAACCACCACCCUCAAAUCCACGCGCAGAGACAGCCAAAAAGCAGAUGCAGUGCUCAAAAACGAGAUCGAAGCUCUGAAUCGGGCUUCUGAAAAGCGAAGGGCUAAUGAGGGGAGAGAGGAUGUUGAGAAGGGAAGAAGUGAACUUGAAGGCUCUAGCCCUUCUUUGAGGAAACAGGAACGCGAGAAGGAGGAGGAAUGUGAAGUUCUCAAAAAGGAGGCUUCUAAAGUGCGUAGGGAACGCGAGGGGAAAGAGGAAGUGAGGAGAAGACGCAUGGAGGGUGUUAAGAAUGAGAUUGGGAGCGUCGAGCAUAGGUUGGAGAGGCUUUAUGCGAGGCAGGAGAAGUUGGAGGGGACGGUGUUGAUUGAUUUGGAAAAGACGCUUAGGGAGGUUGAGAAGGAGAUACAGGAGGCUGAAGCGGAGGCUGAAGCAGCUGGGGCGUAUAAUGCGACUAUUGGGAGAUCAAUGCAGAUGCAGCCACCUGUGUCGCCUCCUCAGUAUCGGAGACAUCAGCCACGGACAUCGGCAUAUCGAAUCGGGGAUGGCGCGCCUCCUGGACUUGGACUUGCUAAUCCGUAUGCGAACUGUCAUGCGUCUAGCUCUGGGUUUUCGCAUUCUACAAGUCCAUCGCUGUCGCAUCCGAAUGUAUCGAUAUUAUCCCAUUCAACGAGUUCUACAGGGUCGCACGGUGGUAGUAUGCUCCCUACUAGUUCUACGUCUGGGACGUCGACACUGUCGAGCAAGGCACCGCCUUUUGAACCAGCGCGCGGGUUUAGGUCUUCGUUUCCGCCGUUAAAACCUUCACCUGGUAUUGCACCGAUUCAGAGGCCUGUUGGGACAAUUUCGAAGGGUGGCGGGUGACGACGAAAUUAAGGUGUAAGGUGUGGUAUUCGUUGUAGCUCUAGGAGAGUCAAAUACUGAGUGCUUUGUGUUGAACGGGUUCAAACCUCUCAAUUUGUCCGGGAGUGCGAGGGUCAAU